CUGCAGUUAACAAUACCAGCUUUCUCAGGAAACUUAAGUCUCCGGUGACAAAUAAGAGUCACAACAAGACAGGAUGCACAUGGACCCAACCGCUGAGCAGAAGGGAUAUGGGAGGCAAACAGUCUCUGUUCCAUUGUCUUAACAUGUGUUUUUAAAGUCUUUCUUAUUCAAUGUGAGUCUGCAAUGCAGAGAUCACCAAGUUCACUGCUCCUUCGCUCUUGCAAGAUGGAGAAUCACCUUCAGAUCUUCUGGUCGGUGCUGCUUCUUGUGGCACUGAUGCCCCAGCCAAGUGAAGAGGAGGAAGUCUUGUGUGCUGGAACUGCUUGCUAUACACUGAACCUAGGGAAGCACCACUGGACAGAUGCUCAGAAAAUGUGCAGAGACAAUGGGGGCAACCUGAUGACCCUGAAGAGCCAAGAGGAGGCACUGAUUGUCCGGCAGCUACUGAGAAAGAUACCUCAGGACAGAGUUGGCACAGAUGUGGAGGUAAGACUGUGGAUUGGGCUCCACCGAGAGAAGGGCAAAUGCUACCAACAUCAUCAACCCCUAAAGGGCUUUGCCUGGGUGACAGGAGGCAUGGAAACCAAGUACUCUAACUGGGGAUGGGAGCCUCGGGAAACAUGCACAACAAAUAGGUGUGUCAGCCUUCAGGGGACUCCCUCCUCAUCUCAGGAACUGGCCUGGGCAGAUGGUGUGUGCAGUCGUGCUACCAAUGGCUACUUGUGCAAGUUCAGCUUCCAAGGCAUGUGCCGGCCACUUGUUCUGGCUGGGCCCGGCAUUGCCAGAUACACCACCCCUUUUGGCGUUACUACGGCUUCCCUUGUAGCAGUGCCCUUUGGUUCCACAGUUGAAGUGGUCUGUGGCCUUGAGGGAGAGGAGAUUAGUAAUGUUUUCCUUGUGUGCAAGCCCAAACCAAACAGCAAUAUUUCUGAAUGGAGCAGCCCAGGGCCGUUUUGUGCCUCGCCCACUUAUGGUUGUAGCUAUAGCAAUGGGGGCUGUGAACAUGACUGCUUAGACCAGGGCGGGGGCUUGUUUGAAUGCUCUUGCCGCUCAGGCUACCAGCUUGGAGGGGACCGUCUUUCUUGCAUUCGUGUGGACUACUGCAGCUCCAGUCCAUGUCAGGAGCGGUGCUCACCACACCCUGGUGGCUUUACAUGCCAUUGCUCUGAGGGCUACAUGCUGGCUGAGGAUGGGCGGAGCUGCAUGGAUGUGGAUGAAUGCAGGGCUCCCCUCAGUCAUUGUGAACAGAUCUGUGUGAACACAAUUGGCAGUUUCACGUGCCGCUGCCACCAAGGCUAUAAGCUGGCUGAGCCCAAUAGCCAGACAUGCCAGGACAUUGAUGAGUGUGCCACACUUACAUCAUGUGACCAGGUUUGUGUAAACACACAGGGUUCCUUCCUUUGUUCUUGCCAGACCGGCUACCAGCUGGAGGGGAUCAAUAGUUCUUCUUGUCUAGAUAUUGAUGAGUGCCAGGAAGAACUUUGUGAGCACAUGUGCAUCAACCAGCCAGGAAGCUAUCGGUGCUCUUGCAGGCCUGGUUGGAUUCUGGCACUCAAUGAGAUCUCUUGCUAUCCAGACAUCACCAACAGCAGCACGUCCUCUCCAGCAACCCAGAAACAAGAACUCGUAAAUCCAGAAAGCAAUCUUCCUGCUUCAAAGACACCAGCCUUGCUAGCUACCUCUUCUAUUCAGGCUAAAGAGGAAAGAGACCUUGAAUCCCAGGAAUCUACCCUCCAGCCAAGUGUGUUCAGCAGUCCACUAGAUGUCCAAGAUCAUGUCAAAGAUGGUCACACAGACAAUAACAGUGGUGGAUCCAAGCAACUUCUAUAUUACACUUUGGGUGGUGUGGCUGUCUUGUUACUGUUGGCUUUUGUUCUAAGUGCGGUGACCUACAGAAAAAUGAAAGCCAAGGAAGCCAAGAAAAAGUCUAAGAAUGCUGCUGACAACUACUCUUGGGUGCCAGAUCAGGAGGAGACAAAGGCACGGAGCAACAAAUACUUAUAACUGUAUUUUUGUUGUACCCAUUACAAUCAGCAGAGAGGAAGGAGAUGGUAUAUAUGAAACCUGAAGACAGAAAAGAAUGAGCACACCAAGAACAUUUUUAUAUGGCACUUGGUAAGGACAAUAACUCUGGUGCCACCUAAACUCUGAUGAUGGAGACAGAAAUAGGAAUCUAAGACCAACCAGAACAGGAUCUUCACUUUACAGACACUUAAUUCUGCAUAGCCUCAGAUAUGGAAUUUUAUUGGGGUCUUGAUAACUGUCUUCUACUUGUAAUCAACCUUCCCUAGCUUUUCCCAUGUAUUUUCUUACUUCAGUAAAACCAUUAAGGAGGAAAAAGUAA